CGGCAGUCAGUGUCAGUGGUUGUGUGCUGUUGCGCGAAGGAAAAUCGUGAAGACACCAUCGUUGCUUUUUACUUUUUCACGUCGUAGAAGGAAAUCGUAAGUGCGAAUUCUAAUCCAAGUUUCUGUUCAGUUUUCAUCCAAAUUUGUGUUGCUUAAGCAAUUACAACUAAAUCGGUUUGUUUUUCUCCAGUUUGUACAUUCAGUGAGAGCAAACAACCAGAAGAUAAAAAGUGAGACGCGGUCGAAGUUUUAUCUUCAAACUCGUAGGAUUGUAAUAAUUUGUUGUCAGUUUCUUGUGAAUUGAUUGGAGGAAAGGAUCGCCUCGAGUGGCGCUAGCGUUUUAUAUGACUUUAGAAAGAAUACAAGAAACACCAGCACUCAAAGGAGCACCGCUUUCUCCACUUUUAAGGAGUUCAAGUAGUUCGUUGUGCAUGAUUUCUCAACAGCGUAGCGUAAGUCACAGGACUUCUAAAUAUUCCAGCAACCGACACCGGAAACUGCAACCAUUUAGAGAAACGUGAACAUCCUGUCGUUCGUGGGACACUUUGCUUGCCGAACAACUACAACAUUUGUCGUCAGAAUCAGAAUCAACAGCAACAACAAUAAAAAAUAUACCCAUUUACAACGCCCCAGCGGUGUAUUAGUGAGAGAGCGAGAGAUAAGCGUGCAGUGAGCAAUUGUAGCCGCGUCAAGUUCUACAUCAAUUUCUACGGGAACAGCAUAUACCCCACCCCUUAUUUGUUUAGAGGCAGUAGUCAUACAGCCAUCAGAGUAAAAUUCCGUAUCGUAUCGUAAAAUCAGCACCAUUGCGCGUCAGCAGAAUACACGAAACCGUAAUCAAUAUACCAAUGCUUUUGAUAUCGACUGUGGAGACACAAAUCGGAGACGGAGAUUCAAUCGUCACCAUCAUCGGCGACAUCUUAGUAAAACCUAGUAGUUGUAAACUUAAGCUGAGUGGUCUGAUCCUCUCGCAUCAGUGUCAGCAGCAGAUGACUUUAGCCUGCUAGACGGCGUAAGAAGCUUACAGUGCGACGACAGAGAGUUGGCAGGAACCGCGAGGUCCAGAACGUGAGUCAUUCCAGGAUAGGAAACAAUCCCUGGCGAGAGAUAAAUCAGUUCGUUCUAAGGAAUAAUAUAUCUUUACUACCGAGAUAGAAGGAUUUUAUCUUACUGAUUGUGUCAUCUGUUCAAUUUGAAAGUAGAGCAACGUCCUACCAGUCAAUAUGGGUACCGUAAACGUUAAUCGUAAUGUGACGGAUGUGUUCUACCGUUACAAAAUGCCCCGGAUCAAUGCCAAGGUCGAAGGAAAGGGCAACGGCAUUAAAACGGUCAUCGUGAACAUGGCCGACGUGGCACGCGCCAUUGGUCGUCCGGCAACCUAUCCAACCAAGUACUUUGGUUGCGAGCUCGGUGCGCAGACUCAGUUUGACUACAAGAAUGAACGUUUUAUCGUCAAUGGAUCCCACGACGCCAACAAGCUGCAAGACCUGCUCGAUGGAUUCAUCCGCAAGUUCGUCCUUUGCCCAGAAUGCGAUAAUCCCGAAACGGAUUUGAUUGUGUCGUCGAAAAAGGGAACAAUCUCUCAAGGCUGCAAAGCAUGCGGAUUCCACGGCCCGUUGGAGGUAAAUCACAAGGUCAACACCUUCAUUAUCAAAAAUCCACCGAACGUAAACCCGGCGAGCCAGGGGGCUUCGUUGACCGAGGGAAAACGCAAGGCACGUGCUAAGAAGACCGGCGAAAAUGGUGAUGAUUCAACCGCCGACAGUACUCUAGAUGCAUCGAACGCAGGCGAUGACACCAUUGAUGGGCAAACUAGGCGCAUGAACGGCGGAAAUGAUGACGAUGAUGACGUGAACUGGACAGUGGAUACUUCAGAGGAAGCUGUUCGCGCUCGUAUGCAAGAUCUGACAGACGGAGCUAAAAACAUGACAGUUUCGGAUGAUUUUGAUAAAACCGAAAAGGAACGCCUGGACAUAUUCUAUAAUCUGGUCAAGAAGAAGCGCGACUCUGGCGAACUUGAGAAUGUUCAAAUUCACAAGGAACUCUUCACGGAAGCUGGCCUCCUGGACAUCCAAGCGAAGUCAACACUCGUCCUGGCAGAAUUAUUGUUUUCAGCGAACAUUUUCCAAGAGGUUCGCAAGCAUCGGAAGUUGCUACUUCGUUUCACCCAUGAAGACUCCAAGGCUCAGAAAUACUUAAUCGGUGGUCUAGAGCAAAUUUUCUCGCUACAUACUGAUAAACUGAUGGACAAAGUGCCCAAUGUCUUCAAGCUGUUCUACGACACCGACAUUCUUGAAGAGAAAGCCAUCCUUGAGUGGUCUCAGAAGGUGAGCAAGAAAUAUGUAUCCAAGGAGGUAGCUGCACAGAUUCACGAGAAGGCGCUUCCAUUUGUCAAAUGGCUCCAGGAGGCAGAGGAAGAAGAAUCAUCCGAUGAAGAAGAUGAUUCCGAUGUCGAAAUCGAAUAUGAUGAUCGUGCCAAAACCGACUCACUGCGCAAAGAACCUGUCAAGCAAGAGGUCAAGAAAACCAAGGCUAUCGAGGAGGAAGAAGAUGGUGACGAUCUCAACAUUGAUGAUAUUUAAAAUGUGUGCUGAAAUAUUCACAAGGAUGCGAAAUCAAACCAACUGAAUUUCCUUUUCAAAAUUCACAAUCUUUUCCAAAAUGCCAUUUAAAAAAACAGCUGAAAACAUCGUUAAAAAAAACAAAAAACAUUUUGUGUAAUUUAGUAGCGAGUAAAUACAAGCAAAACACAGUAGAUUAAACAUGAUUGUUCAAAGCUCCAUAGAAUGGGACAAUGUUUGUAACUUGAUAUUAACGAACGUGUCAGCAAAAAACUGCUCGGUCAAUUUUGAAAGCAACCCAUUUCAAUUCGAAUAUUGUUAUUCGCUAUUUUUUCAAUCAAUUAAAUAAAAUAAUUUCUUUUUUCAUGUCGCCGAAAAUAUUGUUUUUGAAUACUUACUCUAGCCACGUUUUUCAGCGGGUUUGAUUAUAUUUCCCAUAUUUUUUACCACAAACUUUGCUCUGGUUUUUUUUGUGUUAUAUAUAUGUUCAACUUAUUAUAUUGAUGCUUGAAAAUAUCAAUUCCUACGCAGAGAUAACAAUACAAAUAGGGCAGGCAUUGGUUUGUUCGAAAUGAUAACUGAAAUAACUAUUUAAAGAUACGAACAAUAUUGUAAUCAAAUUAUGUUUAUCAGCAACAAAUACACAAUUUCAAAACAUUCA